AUUAGGAUGGCUAUUAAAUACGGUAUCAAGAAGGGAUUAGAAGCGAUCACAGAUACAGCUCUGGGGAGCAUUUUUGCGGUUACGGAGACACAUUUAAGUGAGUUGCUAAACGGAGACAAAGAUGGAUUUGAAUCUUUUGGCUAUUCUGAGGUAUUGCCCAUAGGUGAGAAAUGGGACUCUGCCGUGGGAUUAGCUUUUGUAGAAAAUUGUGCUACGAAAGGAAAUGGAUUUAAUACUAAAGCUUGUAAAUCAAAUUUGGAAAAAGCCUUUCGUUGGGCAGAUACUGCUUUGGAUAGCCAUCCGGAUAGGGACCUGUGGGCAGUUGGAUUCCUGAAUCUGGAGGAGUGGAAUCUAUGUAUUAGGAUUGUUCGUAAGGAGUCAUACAAUACUGAAGCUGGAGCGGAAAAGGCUGUGCAAAGAAUUGGUUGCCCUAAAGGCUAUUGCGAUAGCGGGACCUUGGGACAUAUAUCUCAUGAUGAACUUUGAUUCAUCGUUUUUCGACUGUUUCAUGAAGAAAACGUAUGUUUCAGCGGUCAAAAUGUUAAUUGUCGUAGAUGCGAGCUUCUUGAUCUCAGCUCAUUCC